AUGGCGUCAGUACCCGUGAUCUUGGAGGAUACCUUCACUGUUACGGCCCUUAAUCCAGAUGGCGCUGUCUAUCUUAGGGUGUCGCGUAUUCAGUGCAAGAAUGAACGGGGAAACCUCACAAUCACAUCGGAUAUUAACAUCGAGGAAUUUCCGGUGGGCUUGGGUGAUCGUCUAACCAUCAUGCUGGCCAACUCCAUUGAAUUGUCGAGACAAUCGGGAGCAAAACACUACGAUCAAAGUGUCUACCACCGUGAGACUAGGUUACAAGACUGUGACUACGCUAUGCACGGCCGUGUAUACGGUCAUGAGGUGGAUGAGAGUAGCUUAGAGGUUAAGGUGCACAUCAGCUGUGGUGGACUGCUGACACAAGUCAUUGGCAGUCCGCAGAGUCUGCGUGACAUCCACUACAAUAGCGAUGUCUACAUUUUGGUCAAGCGUGCUGGGAAAUGA